ACUAGGUAGUAUAAACAUUUCCAUUGUUCAACAAAUCUGAUAAGAUCAUCUAUUUAUGAUAAACAGCGUUUCUACAUUAUUAUUUAUAUUUAAGUUGAAGGUGGUUGUGAAUUACAAAAAUAUAAAUAUUUGUCUCGUGACCAUCUCUUCUUAGAUAGGUCCACACAGUCCUCAUCAAGGGUAACAGAACAAUUCAAUCAUCUAUCCACCAUAUUAUUUUGCGACUUUUUGCCCACCCUGUAUUAAAGGUGCGACAAGGAAUCUGUACUUAGUUUAUAGCUUCAAUAGAGGCCACAUUUUGACAAACUGCUUUGUCAUUUUAUAAAUAAGAAGAAAUAUUAAAAUAUAACCUCUAUCGAAAAUUUGGAAGUUGUGCUGGUGCCACAAAUGAAUGAGCUAAAAUUAAGGAAAUUAACUUUAUAACUGAAUUCUAGCCAAAUUUAGAGUAUUUAUAUUACCCAAAUAAAUCAGAUAAUGGAUUCUAGUUUAGAUGCAAAAAAGCAAUGUCUCAUUGUAAAUGUAAUACAUUUUUUACAAGAUGAGUUAAUCAAUGGCAAUCUCAAUGAUGAAAGAAAAGAAUCUGUGGAAGUAGCAAUUCAAUGCUUAGAAACUGCAUUUGAGGUUGACUCUGAAGUUAGGAAUAACUUGGAAAAUGAUAAAUUGGACUUAGUUUCUCUGAUGCCAUCUUUUAGUAAGGUGGUAGUGACUGAAGAACAGAUGAAAGAAGCUGAAAUUUGUAAGAAUAAUGGUAAUUCUCAUAUGAAAAAUUCUUUGUAUCUUGAAGCCUUAGCAGAAUAUUCUAAAGCAAUCAGUUUAAAUCCGAACAAUGCAGUGUAUUAUUGUAACAGAGCUGCAGCAUAUAGUAGAUUAGAAAAACAUUUGGAAGCAAUAAACGAUUGCAAACAAGCAAUAAAAUUGGAUCCCACAUAUGGCAAAGCAUAUGGCAGACUUGGAAUAGCUUAUUCAAAUCUUAACCAAUUUGAUGAAGCAUGCCAGGCUUAUAAAAAUGCACUGAAACACGAUCCUGGAAAUGCAAUGUAUGAAACUAACUUAAAAUUGGCGGAAGAAAAGAUGUUUUGUAAUAUGGAAAGUGCUGCACCGCCCGAACAUAGGCCGUUAGAUAUAUCUCAGUUUAUUAAUAAUCCAAAUUUAAUCAAUAUGGCCACGCAAAUGCUCAGUGAUUCAAACUUUAGGAACUUGAUGUCAAGAUUUAUGUCAGUUCAGUCUGGAGAUCCAAAUCUAGAUGCGUUAAUACAAGCAGGUCAAACAUUGGCUAGUAGAAUGCACUCGGCAGAUCCAAAUUUCGUGGAGAAUUUGAGGCGAUCUCUGGAUCCACAAAACCUUUCUGGACAGAGCCAGUCUCAAUCUGAUAGUAAUGUAACGAAUGAUAAAUCAAAUGAUGAUGAGAAGAAAUCAGAAUAAAUGAUGAAUAUAUAUAAAAAAAACAGUAUACACUUUUUAACAAUCUUAUUUUUUUUGCGGUUUUAUUAGUGCGAUUCGUACGUUUUUAUAGUGUUUAUUCUGCAGUCGGGUUAUCAGAAAGUUUUUUUUUUUUUAUUUUAAAACAUAAUAUAUCUUUAUAUAUAUUUACAAUAAAAUUUUUUAUUUUUGGUUUCAAUAAGAAUUUA